AUGCCUACAUCGCACCUGUUCCCAUGGUACUCGGGCGCAUUGGACUCAUUCAUUAUUGAUAUUGGGUUUCCAUUAUUGAUAUUUGGGUUUGUUGAUAUUUGUUUUGGGCCUUUGCUUGAAGCUUUGUUUAAAGACAUAUUGAUAAGUAUCUUGAGUUUACUCCCCACCAGGGAAGUUGCUCGAACCAAUUUGCUGUCGAAGGCAUGGCGAAAGCUAUCUGCUUUUUCCUCUCUCCCAGUUUUGAUGUUCGAGUCUGCGGAUUUUCUCGCUUCACCUCGCAAAGACACUAACGUCUCCUCCUUUAUCAAUGUCGUCGAUUCCUACCUAAAACUCCGUCAGAAAGACGCAAGUCUUGCGAAACUCCGGCUCCAUCUGCAUCUCAAUGACGUCGAAUCGCGUUCGCUGAUAGACUCGUGGAUCGACGCGGCACUUGAGAGGAAGGUGAAGGAGCUGGAUCUAUUUAUGCUACCCAGGGGAAGGGCGAGAGGAAAACCUUACAGCUUCCCGGCUAAAAUUUUUGCUGCCACAACAAUUACUGUUCUCAGUUUACGGCGUGUCAUAUUGGAAAUCUGUGGUGAUAUAGAUCUUCCGGCGCUACGAAAGUUGUAUUUAGGAGAAAUCCGGUGUGAUGAACAACCAAUUCAGAAACUGAUAUCAAGUUGCCCUUUGAUCGAUUGUUUGCACAUCGAAUCUUGCCACGGGUUACAAAAGCUUCAUGUUUCGGGGCUUGCUAAUCUACGUAGGCUGGAAGUAAUUUGGUGUUAUGAAUUGAAAAGGAUUGAAAUCAAUGCGCCAAGCCUUCAAUAUCUCAGCUAUCAACAAGGAAAAUGCCCGUGUGACGUGGUCUUGAGGGCCUGUGAAUUUCUCAGAGAGUUAACAUUUUGGUACUCAAUUCCAAAAUUGUCUCUGGACUUCCGAACCUUGAGGGAUUGGGGAUAAGGUGCACUCAAUUGCAAAGGAUUGAGAUUUCGCAUCAUCAGCUCAAGCGAUUAGACCUAAGUCUAACUGAAAACCAGAGCAACGCGAAACUCAAGAUUGAUACCCCAAAUCUCCAGUCAUUCAAGUAUGGUGGCCAUAGAAUGCCUUUAGCCUCUCUCAUAUCAUCUAUGAACACUUCAUCUCUACAGGAAGCUGAGAUUCAUUUUCUCAGCUUUGAUAAUUAUAGC